GACUUGACUUUUCUUAGAAAAUAUCUUCGCAACUGAUCAACCAAAUCCCAAAUUUGCCAAUCGGAGAAUCAAGUUACAUGGUUCGAUUAGGGUUCGAACAAGCUCUAGUCGUGGGACAUGGUGACCUAAAAUUUAGGGGAAGGAGAAGACAUCGGAGAGGCGUGCCCCGCAUUUGACUCUACCCUCUAAUCUUUGAAAUUUGGUCCUCCACCCUCUCUUCGCCGACUGGAAUUGAAUGAUUCCUAACCUGCAACACCCCAAUCGUCUCGAUGCAGAUAGCGCAAUUCGAUUAGGAAAAAGCAAGAUUCGGUAGUUGUCCAGGAGUGAUCGGUCUUCGUGAAGAUUCAAUGGUAUUGCAGAUUGGCGAUGGGGUCUCUUCAUUUACCAUGGAUGACGCCCUUCUAUCCAUUGGGUUUGGCAAAUUCCAGGCACUGGUGCUUUGCUACGCGGGAAUGGGUUGGAUCUCAGAAGCCAUGGAGAUGAUGCUCCUCUCUUUUGUUGGGCCAGCUGUUCAGUUGGAGUGGAAUCUUUCUCCUCAGCAGGAGAGCUUCAUCACCAGCGUCGUAUUUGCUGGUAUGCUCCUAGGUGCUUACAGUUGGGGCAUAAUUUCUGACAUCCACGGAAGGAGGACAGGUUUUCUUUUCACAGCUCUAGUAACUAGUGGAGCUGGUUUUCUUAGUUCUUUCGCUCCCAAUUAUUUAUCUUUACUUCUUUCACGGUUUAUGGUUGGGAUUGGAUUGGGUGGUGGGCCUGUGCUUGCUUCAUGGUUCCUGGAGUUUAUUCCUGCUCCACACAGAGGUAAAUGGAUGGUCAUCUUUUCAGCCUUUUGGACGAUUGGCACAAUAUUUGAAGCUUCAAUUGCAUGGGCCAUUAUGCCCAGAUUUGGAUGGAGGUGGUUGCUAGCUUUUUCAUCCUUACCAUCUUUUCUUCUGCUCCUAUUUUACGUUGUCACCCCCGAGUCGCCAAGGUACCUUUGCAUGAAAGGACAAAUCUGCGACGCUAUGCAGGUUUUGGAACAGAUGGCCAGAGCGAACAGCAAGGGAAUGCCUUUGGGCAUGCUUAUCUCCGAUAACCAAGAAAUGGAAUUAGAGGAAAUAACUGAUCAUUCUGAAGCCACACAUCUAGUUGAAAUUGAAAAUGGGACUAAUGGCAGCUCCGAUAAGGAUACUGAUACAAAAAAUGAAGGUAUCAGUGCUCUAAGGAGACUUCUAUCGCAAAAAUUAAUCAGAACAACUCUUCUUCUAUGGAUGGUUUUCUUUGGAAAUGCAUUCUCCUAUUACGGUAUUGUACUGCUGACAUCCGAGUUAAGUAAUGGAAAUAGGAUCUGUGCAGCGAAAGUCACCGAGUCAAACCAAACAACUAACGAUAACCUCUACAAAGACGUGCUUAUCACUAGCUUUGCUGAGAUUCCUGGGCUCAUAUUAUCUGCUGCGAUUGUGGAUCGGAUUGGCCGCAAGCUCUCCAUGUCAUCUAUGCUUUUUGUAAGCUGUGUGGUCUUAAUUCCACUGCUUUUUGCUCAGACAGAAGAAUUGACGACCGCGCUUCUAUUUUGUGCAAGGAUUAGCAUCUCAGCGAGUUUCACCAUCGUCUACAUCUAUGCUCCUGAGAUAUAUCCAACCUCUGUGAGAACUUCCGGCAUCGGCAUCGCAAGUUCGGUAGGAAGGAUCGGCGGCAUAACGUGCCCUCUCGUGGCCGUCGGCCUGGUCCAUGGCUGCCACCAAUCUGCAGCAGUUCUUCUGUUUGAGCUUGUGAUCUUCCUCUCGGGAAUUGCCGUGUGUUUGUUUCCUUUCGAAACCAGCGGCCGCAACCUCAGCGAUUCGACACCCAGUUAGGAAGAAGAAACCUACAACAGCCUUUGUUUGAUUUUUACUGGAACACAUUGUAGGAACAUCAGAGCUGAUAGAUUUUGGUUUGUAUACUAAGAUGUUGCUGAUGAGUUAUGCUUAUAUUCGAUUGGAUUGGAACGAUAGAGCGAUAAGAUUCAUGUAGUUCACUAGUUAGUAAAACGUUGUAAAAACAUUUCUCAUGUUUUAAAAUGUUGAAAAUUUAAAUUUGUGUUU